CUCUUACAGAAAUGUAGGGAAAGGCUGCGUACUAUAGACCCAAAGUGGUCGGACCCUUCCCUGGACCCUGCGCAAGCGGGAGCUACAUGCACCAGGUUGCCCUUUUUUUCAUCUAUAGCAGCCGUGCCAAGCUGUCCAUAGAAGUGCGAUAUGCUACCGCUCAUCUUCCACGCGAGGAGCAGUGGGUGAGGCUUCAACUGCCUGGGAAGAACCACACUUGGAAAGUCAAGCUCUAUAUCGGCGACAAGGACAAGGGCAAAUGUUAUGCACUACAAACAGGCUGGAAGAAGUUUGUAGAUGAUAACAAACUGCAGGAUGACGACAUGUGCCUGUUUGAGCUACUCAAGAACAAGGAGCUCACCAUGAACGUCCACAUCAUUCGCAGAGAUUGAGAGAAGCGUAGCUGGCCAAUGUCGCCUGCCAUGGUGGUGGCGCCACUCUUGUGGUGAUGCGUAGUUGGUGCAUUUUGUAUCAGAAAUCCACAAACUUUUGGUUCCCCCAUCUCCCAAAUACUUGCAAGAAACCCUGUCGAUGUCGAUGAGAUGGGUUUCAGUUUGGUUUCAGCUCCUGCAAGCAUGUCUAUGUUUUGUUUCAAAGCUACUGGUUAGAUUUUUUUUUUUUGAAAAGAGGAAAAAACGCUCAAUCUCUACACCGAGUG